UAUAUAAGCUACUUUUGUUGCAAUAGACGAGAGAAAGAUUAGAGAAAAAAUGGGAGGCAAAAAGAAGAAAAACAAAAAUAUUUCACAAGCUAAUACAAACGCUAUUUUUAGCCAUUGUAAUGAAUGCAACGAAUUUAAAAAUAGAACAAGUUGCCAAGAAUGUGGGAACCUUUCAGAGGAAAAAAAGAGUCGAGAAAAAGGAAGUUUAUCUAUAGCAAGUUUAUCUGAAGAAAGAAGUUUAUUUAGAGAGAACAAAAUAUCAAAUAAAAAAUACAACUCUUCAUCAAAAAAUCUCACUCAAUCCAUAAGUCUUAUUCAAUCUGAGACAAAAGAAACUGGUCAAUCUAAUGGUAGUAAAAAAUGUGCUGUCUCAGAAGAUAAUCAAAUGUGUUGCACCAUUGGUGACCAUAAAAAAAAUAUUGAGCUGGGUUUUGACAAUACCCAUAAUGAGCAAUUAGAACAUAAUAAUUUCCCAUUUGGAUUUAAGAAUGAAGUAGAUAUAUAUGGAGUUUGUGAUUCUUUUUCGAAUCAAUUUUCUGAAACAUUGGUUUUAAAACCUACCGACAUAACAGAAUGUGCAAAUCAUGCUUGUGAAAAUCUUCAUAACAGUUUGAAAAAUUUAAAUAAAGAAGACCAGUUUAUUCAAGAUAAAGCAUGCAAUGUACCUAGUGGCAAUAAAGUUCAUAUCAAGUUUUUUGUAAUAUUACCGGAAGUUGUUAAAAAUCUUUUCAUUGCAUUUGGUAAUGAUUAUCUUGGUGGAUGGAAUAACUAUAGAGUUCAAAUGAUGCCUUUCAAGCACUAUCUAGAAGGAGUAAUUUACCAUGGUGACUUGCACAUACCUGAACAAAUUAUUGAAAAGCCAAUAGAGUAUAAGUAUGUUGCAGUUGGCAAAGAAAAGACCUGGGAUGUUUUACAUUUUACUUUUCCUCAAAAAUCUGAAACUAAUAGAAUGUUAAUAAUACCUACUGAUUUCAAGGAAUUAGGCAUGUUCUAUCAAGUUGAUGAUUCUUUUAUGUGCCAAGAUUGCAAUUCUGCUUCAGGUUUUGCAUUUUUGGGGAAGGCUUUAAAGAAAAUCUUGAAUUUUUAUAAUGGCAGCCAGCAUUGUUUCUUAAAAUUAUUUAAAUUAUAUGUUCUACUUUUGCAAGAUUAUCCUGUUAACACAGUGGAGAGAAUAGUCUUUAUUUGUGGUUUGUAUUUUGGAUUUUAUAAAGCAUAUAGAUCAUUCAAUAAAAAUAUUGUACUAUGGGUUAAACUGGAUCAGACUCAUCCAUUUAAAGAAUUAUUGUUUAUAUUGGAAAAAGAGAUAAAGAAAAAGUCCAGUGGAGAUCUUAAAGUUAUUACUUCUACUUUGUCUUUAUUGGUCAUUUUUUACAAAAAUACUGAUUUAAUCUAUUUAACAGAUAUAAGUUUUUUCUGUUGUUUGUUUAAAAAAUUAUCGUUAGAAAAUAUAGGCUUAGAUUGUGACAGCUUGUUAAGAAAGUUAAAAGAACAAUUUCCAACAAAGUAUCUGAGUAUGAUAAAGAUGGCAUUAGAAUCCAUAUUAUUUCAUUGGUUUUCAAAAUCUGAUGAUAUUUCAAGUAAUAUGAUCCAUGUUUGGUGUUAUGCUAUUGUUAUUUUGCAUAUUAUUUCUGAAGAAAAAAAAGAUAAAAUCAUGUUGGAAGAUUUUAAUGUGUAUAAUUGUGGACUACCUGUUUAUAUAAAUGUCAUAAAAGAAAAAAUUAUUUUAGAAACGAUUGCAAAUGUAAAAAAAGUUAGGAACAGUUUGAAAAAAGAUGUUUUGCUUUCAAGAGGUUUGGUGUAUUUGAUGGAUCUGCAAUCUUUUUCUACUGCUUUACGUUCUGGAUAUUUUAAGGAGAAUCUUCUUAUUAAUAUGAUGACUUUUCGUUUAUCAUCAAAGAAAAAUUUUGAAGAUCUGAAUGGUUGUACAACUUUUUUAAAUGUUUUAAUGUCAAACAAACACCAAAAAGAAAAAAAAAGAUGUCAGGUUGUAAAUGAUCUGUUUAUUAUGUUUCUAAAAGCACUAGAAAAUGUUACCAUUACUGAAAAAAGUUGUCAUUUUUUUUCUCUUAUCUUGAAAUGCAUCAAAGUUUAUAAUGAAACGCUUAAUCAGAAUGGCAUUUUUUUUGCAAAUCUGCAUAAUGAAAUAUCAAAAACUUUGUCAGCUAUAAAAUUGAUUUUGUCUGAUAUAGUUCUUAAUUGGGAAUUGAAACCUGAAAGUAGUUCUGCACAAAUUGAGUUUUUACAAGUUUUACUGCAGUUCGAAACUAAUGGGCAAAAAGAAUUUCAUGAUCUUGCACUUGAUGUUCUUCCAAGAAAACUUGUGAGUUGCAUUUAG